AUGGUCGUCGACACUACAUAUUACGAUGCACUCCAGGUGCCCCCCACUGCCACCGAACUUGAGAUCAAGAAAGCCUACCGCAAGCUCGCCAUAAAACUUCACCCAGACAAGAACCCAGGAGACGAAACAGCACACGAGAAGUUUCAAGCUAUUGGCGAAGCAUACCAAGUGCUCAGCGACGAGACGCUGCGAAAGCAAUAUGACAAGUUUGGAAAGGAGAGUGCGGUACCCAGCAGUGGGUUUGAGGACCCCGCCGAGUUCUUUACCAUGAUCUUUGGUGGAGAAGCAUUCGUGGACUGGAUCGGAGAGAUUUCGCUCAUGAAGGACCUCACAAAGACCAUGGAGAUCUCCAUGCGUGAGAUGGAGGAGGAAGAGGCCGCAAAGGCUGAGGCCGAAGCAGCCGAAGCACCUACUGCCGGUCCCUCAACCGCAACACCCGGAGCACCCCAAGCAGCAGGACCCUCGGACGCCGCCAAAGCAAAGGAGGCAGAAGCCGCCGCCGAAGCAGCUGCAAAUGCUCAUAAUUCAUCUGAGGCACCACCGCCUCCCUACAGCGAGUCAUCCGCACCACCUCCGGCCCCAUCCGUCGAAACUCCAGCAGGAGGAGCCGCCGAACCACUCAAGCCCACUCCCCCCGUCUCUGGCACAAGCACACCCCGCGGCAUCCCCAUCCGCGCUGCCAUCAUGGACAAGUCGGAAGAAGACGCCCGUCUCGAGGCCGCGGGCGUGACUGACGCUGAGAAGGAGCUCCGCGAGAAGCAAAAGAAGAAGGGUGGACUCACAAAGGAGCAGCGCGAGGAGCUCGCCGCCUACGAGAUGGAGCGUAAGAAGAUCCGCGACGAGCGCGUGAACACCCUCGCCAGGAAACUCAUCGACCGCAUAUCAGUCUGGACCGAGACGGACAAGGGCAAAGACGUCACGGCCGCCUUCCGCGAGAAGACACGCCUCGAGAUCGAAAAUCUCAAGAUGGAGUCGUUCGGUCUCGAGAUCAUGCACGCCAUCGGCGCGACCUAUCUGCAGAAAGCGACCUCCUUCAUCAAGUCGCAGAAGUUCCUCGGCAUCUCCGGUUUCUUCUCCCGUGUCAAGGACAAGGGCACGCUCGUCAAGGAGACGUGGAACACGAUGUCUGCAGCCAUCGACGCACAGAUGACGAUGGAGGAGAUGGCCAAGCUCGAGGAGAAGGGCGGCGAGGACUGGACGGACGAGAAGAAGGCGGAGUACGAGAAGAAGGUCACAGGCAAGAUCCUCGCCGCCGCAUGGCGGGGAAGCAAGUUCGAGAUCCAGAGCGUGCUCAGGGACGUCUGCGACCAGGUGCUCAACGACAAGAAGGUCAAGCUGGAGAAGCGGAUCGAGCGGGCGCAUGCUCUGGUCAUCAUUGGCGAGAUGUUCCAAAAGGCCGAGCGCGACCCCGAAGAAGAAGGCGACUUCAUGGCCUUCGAGCAACUGAUGGCCGAAGCCGCCGCCAAGAAGGAAUCGAAACCAGACAAGAAGCACCGUUCGUACCACCACCACGGAAAGAAGGAGAAGGACGAAUCCGAAGCGACCGCUAGCUAG